AUGUAUCCUGACAAAAAUUCGAACGCUGUAGCGAUUAUGAAUGCAUUAAUUACGCCGAUUACAUAUGGCAUAAGAAUGCAGGACAAUAUCCCCGUGAAAAUGUUCAUGUCAAUCUGUCAUCAUUUGCCACCAAGCGAUCUUCUUAUGAUGGCAUGCGUAUGCAAAGAUUUCAAGAAUAUACUAGAUGAACGUAUUAAUCCAUUGGCAGGCGAAAUCUGGAGAAAUUCUAGAAACCAGUUUACAAAUUUUAAAAAUAGGGAUCCUCCGGCAGGAAUGAACCAACAAACUUUUGCAAGGCUAUUAACAUUUACAAAUGGCUGUCAAUUUUGUAAGGACAAGAACGAUAUGCUUAUAGUAUAUUGGAUUCCUGGUGUUCGCUCUUGCAAAAAUUGUAUGCUUAAAAGAACAUUCAGUUCUUCUGCAUUCAGAAAUAAUUUUAAACUUGAUGAUGAAAUUCUCGGACUUAUCGCACCUAUAACACCAAACAUUAAUUCACCAGAAAUUCUAGAUGGACCAAAACAUUAUUGGAUAAGUCAUGUGAAGAAUGCAGUCGCGUUUUUUAUGGAGGCAGAUGAUAAUGUUCGGCUUAUGUUGAAUCAGCUAAGAAAAGAUGUUGAAGACACUCGUAAAGAAUCCCAAAAUUAUCAUCAGUGGACGAGCAAUGUAUUAAAUAUCGAAAGACUGUUCAAUCACCGUAACUAA